AUGUCGGCUUCUUUCUCUAAUAGUCAGGUUGCAGACAUCAAUCUUAGAAAGGCGAUUAUUGAUGUCCCCUCAUCCUUGAACGCUAACUUGGGAUCGAAGGAAUCCCAAACCUCUCAUGCACCAAGCUCUGAAGGACCCUCUGUCUAUAAAGGUAAUUCCUCUAAUCCUGUUCUUGAUAAAUUCAGAGAAGGGAGUAGAUAUGUUGAUGAGGCUAUUAGCCGUCUAGUUAAUAGAGUGCUGCGUGAGGAUAUUCCUGUGGCUGGGAUUACUCGUCCUCUUGCACAGAUUGUUCCCCCCACCAUUAUUGAGGAAAAGGAGCAAUCACCUAUGAUCAAUUCCUCCAAUACUAAUGACAGUAAUAACAAUCUGCACAAAAUUGGAGCUAUAAAUUGGGUUCCUACCAAUCACACUUCAAAAGUGGCAGUAGGAUUAGGAAAGUACCUGUAUGUGGUUGGCACUAGAACUAACUUCGACUAUGGUACUUAUAUUUUUUAUCAGAUUGUGAGACAUACAUCUACAAAUGCUACCAAGAUGCCUGUAGCAUUUCCUUCUUUGAUUUGUGGUGUUGUAAUCAGUCAACAUCCUGGUAUUCUGCUAGGAACUGAUAUGGCUUGCAAGAGAGAAUCCUCGCUAUCUCUUCAUGAAAAACUUUUUGCAGGGAAACAUGUUGCAAAUCUUAUCUUAACAUCUACAGAGAAAAGGCUACCCGCCACUGGUGAUACCAUUAUAGCUCUGGAGGAUAUUUGUAAGGACUUGGAUAAGAUCAUUUCUACCAGCACCAUGAGGAAGCUUGACAUUGAAAAGCUUAUCAAAAGUCUUGAGCAAGCUGAAAAAAUCGGGACUAGCACAACAACUAAAGAAGCAGAUGAUGCACAAAACUCUAAUGAUUAUGUGGAGGGAAAUACAACUGCUUCUGAUAGUGAUGAUGGUGAUUAUGUUUCCAGUUCUGAUGAGGAAGAAUAA